GAGAGAUGAUAGUCUUCAUCAUGAUAGCGAGAAGAAGACUUUGAGAGGCAAACCGACUGGGACUCUUCACAACAAGGACCAUAAAACGCGACCUUGGACAAGCUCAAGUCAAGAUGGGCUGCACAUGCAGUGGCCAAGUGGUCAAUGACAACUUAUACACGAAAAAACGAAGCUCUCUGGACUCCUUGGCGUCGAAUCACUCAAUUUGGCGAGGAAACAACUACUGUGGAAAUGAUGAUGUCGUGUUUGUGGCUCAACACGACUUCAAGCCCAACAACAACAGCGAACUUUCCUUCGAAAAGGGUGAUCAGUUCAAGGUGCUGCAGGAAAACGGAGAUUGGUGGUUGGUUCGGUCGCUAGUCACGGGUUACGAAGGUUUCAUUCCGUCGAACUACGUUGUUCGGGCGGACACUCUUGAGGUGGAGAAAUGGUUCUUCAAGGACCUGAGCAGGCGAGAGACGGAACGGUUGCUCCUGGCGCCAGGAAACAAACCCGGAGCUUUUCUCAUUAGGGAAAGCGAAACGUUUCAAGGCUCCUUCUCGCUGUCCGUCAGAGAUUUCACCCCGGAAACCGCCGAUGUGGUGAAACACUACAAGAUCCGGUCUCUUGAUAAAGGAGGCUACUACAUCUCCCCAUCCAGCACUUUCCCAUCUUUGCAGGAGCUGGUCAAGUACUAUACAUGUACCGCCGACGGUUUGUGCCAGCGUCUGUACGCUCCUUGCAAAAAGAAGCCCCCUCAGCAGCCGUGGGCUCCGGAUGAGUGGGAGAUUCCACGAGAGACCCUAACACUAGUGAAGAAACUCGGAGCCGGGCAGUUCGGAGAAGUUUGGAUGGGGUAUUAUAAGAAUACGCUGAAGGUUGCCAUCAAGACGCUGAAGGAGGGCACCAUGGAACCCCACGCGUUUCUGCAAGAAGCCAACUUGAUGAAGCAGUUGCAGCACGAACGGCUAGUGCGACUUCACGCAGUAGUCACACGGGAGCCCAUUCUCAUCAUCACGGAGUUUAUGAUCAAUGGAUGUUUACUGGACUUUUUAAAAACAGAUGAAGGAAAAAAACUCAGGCUAAACAAGCUAAUCGACAUGUCAGCACAGAUAGCCGAGGGCAUGGCCUACAUCGAGAGCAAGAACUCCAUCCAUCGUGAUUUACGGGCAGCUAACAUCCUGGUCAACGAGACACUGCAUUGCAAGAUAGCGGAUUUCGGUCUGGCUAGGCUGGUGGAGUCUGAGUAUACGGCGCAAGAAGGUGCCAAAUUUCCCAUCAAAUGGACCGCUCCCGAGGCCAUCAAUUACGGCACGUUCAGCAUCAAGUCCGAUGUGUGGUCAUUUGGAAUUCUCCUGACAGAAAUAGUCACCUACGGAAGAAUACCAUAUCCAGGAAUGACCAACCCGGAGGUGGUCCGCAACCUGGAGCGUUCCUUCAGGAUGUCGUGUCCGGAAGGUUGCCCGGAGGAGCUUUACCACAUCAUGAUGGCUUGCUGGAAGGAGCGGCCCGACGAGAGGCCUACCUUUGAAUUUCUGCAAAACAUCCUGGAGGAUUUCUUCGUCGCGACGGAGGGACAAUACGAGAUGCAGACGUGAUUUUAUUCUGGAAAAACACACAAAAUGGACAUUGGCAUAAAGGUAGUUCUGUGAAUUUAAAUGAGUUUAUCGCGAGCAGGCAUCCAAUCCACUUCAAAUGGAUCGGAUAUCUAGCGUGGUAGCCAAUGUGUUAAUUUAGCAUAAUAUCAUGCCCCACUGGAUGCUUUAAUAAUGAUAAUGUUCUCAUUAAAAAAAAAAUCCCAAGAAUCAUAGUUUGGAGACAUCUAAAGGCCAAUAAGUAUAAUUGCCAUGUUAAGCUGUGACUAGCCCUUGUACAAAGUAAGUCUUCUAUAUUCACUUGGAAAGCAAAGGGCAUAUUGGCCCAAAACAGAUAAUGAGAAACCAAUGUCAAUAUUAUCCAAUAUCGUUUUGAAAUGCUUUUAUCGGCUAACCUAUAAUAUCGUGCAACUCUAAAUAUCAUCAUACUGUACAGCACUACAUGAAUGAUGUGCCUUGAGAUGCGGAUUUUUUUGUUCUGACCAUCCUCAUACUUCAAAACACAAAAUCAACUUUCCUCAUUGAAAUGAAUAGAAAUCACAUUCAUUUGUUACAGCAGCAUUGACUUUAUGUCACUUGUACUUUAUAAAAUUGUAUUAUAAUGAAACAAUUAAAUGGAAUGUUCCGAUAUAUACAUUUUAUGCAUGAUGAUUGAUUCAUUUCGGCUCCUUAUCUGUAAUGAUUGCAAUUUAGGUUGCUUCUAUUUUUAAAAAAGAGUGUGGGAAAAGUAAAAUCGAAAUUGAAGGGCCAAAGUGCAUCAA